AUGAAAGAUCAUGCUAAACUCUCAAUAUAUUUACGAGCAGCAAUAACGUAUUGGGAAGAAACAUUGACAGUCAAGAAACCUGGAAGUGGAAAACAACUAGCAAAAAGGUAUUGUGAAAGUGGAUACUAUUACACAGCUAUUGGAAAUAAUUCCAUAUUUUGUCGUCAGUCGAUGUGCAAACGCGAUGUUAUGUGCGGACGGGUGAAAAUUCCAGAUCAGUAUGUAGGGGAAUGUUAUCAGGAAUAUUAUAACCGAUUACACAGAACUUACAAUAAUGGAAGUGGAAUACCAUCUGACGGUUAUGUCCUAUUUGUUGAUGCUAUUAAUACAAUUACCUGUUAUGGUGGUGCAGCAGCAUAUGCAUCGUCAUGUUUAAUGGAUGAGGAAACAGAUAGGCCAAUUCUUGGAUUUGUAAAUGUGUGCCCAGGAAAAAUGGGAGUUGAUUAUCCUGAAGAUAGAAAUUCACUUGGAAUUUUCUUGCAUGAAAUCGGUCAUGCACUUGGAUUUUCAUCAUCCAGCUUCCCUUUUAUGCGCUUUCCAAAUGGGACAGCUCGAACUCCCAGGGACGAUAAACGUAAGCCAAAAUACAAAGAUCAAUAUGGAAAUUAUGUUCCGAGCGGCAGGAAAAUUAUCCCAUUCUGUGACAAUGUCAAUGAAGCAAGAUGUCGGGAUGCAUUCUCAUAUGGAACGUGCAGUAUUUUAAGAUAUCAAAAUCCAGUUCCCAUAGAAGAUCGUUUCUUUCUAAAAGCCCCAUUUGAUACUCAAUAUGGUCCUGAAUAUUUCGGUGGGGAAGAUCCAUUUAAAGAUUAUUGUCCAACAAUGGUUUAUGUUAAAGGUUUGGGCAGUGAAUAUUCAGCUACAUCAUUCUGUACACAUCAGGAGAAUGAGAAAUUAUCACGUGAAGGCAUUAACCGAUACUAUCAAACAUAUGGAUCAAAAGGGAUUUGUGUUGAACAUCGAAGUGUUUGGACUUACACCGACAAAUAUAUAUACACUUUAGGGACAUAUUUGAAAGGAAGUUGUCAUAAGUACAAGUGUUAUAAUGAUGGAACGCUUGGUUUAUUCUUUAAAGAUUCAACUGUGAAUUGUACCAGGAAAGAUCUGCCAGUACGUUUUAAUGUAACUGAUGGAAAAUCGAGACUUAGUGGGGAAAUCUUAUGUCCUAAUAUUAACAGGUUUUGCAAGGUAAGGACCUAA